ACUCAAACUGACUUACUUCAAGAAUAUAAAUACCGAGGAAUUCAAAGGAUUUUUCAGCAGACAGAUUUUGCAUAUCUUAAAGCAAGCAACAAGCUAAUUCGUCCACACAUUCAACAUCAACAUCCAUUUUCACUACAAUUCAAUAGUUCAUUUGCUUACGUAAAAUGGCACCAAUAUUCGAAUCGAACUUUUCCAUACGCAGCAUACUCUCGAACUGUGAAGAUAACAAGACAUCGAUGCAAACCGAUACCGACAUAAGACCGAAUUAUACCUACGGAGCGUUGGUCACGAUGGCUAUACGCAACAGCCCCGAACAAAAGCUAACACUGAGUGGCAUCCAAAAAUGGAUUGCGGAAAAUUUUCCAUAUUAUCGUAAAGAUCAACGUGGCUGGCAAUGUCAAAUUCGGCAUACGCUCACUACGAAUUCCUGCUUCAUGAAAAUACCACGUCCACCCAGCGAUCCCGGGCGUGGCAAUUAUUGGACUUUAAACCCUGAGAUUGAUUCGAUCAAGAACGGUGCGGCACAUGGACCAAUACAAUUCGGUGCCAACGGUAAUGUCGCAUACGAUUCGAAACGGAGCGUCGAUCACGCGAUGGCGCAAGGCGUGCCACAUCCACAAAUGCCAACGGCUCGGUACUUUCCGACGCCACAAGAAAUUGAGCGGACACAACAAGUGAUGAUGACACAGGCGUUACAUGAGCAGCACGAGUGGUACUUGCACCACCAGCGCCAAAUGCAACUAGCACAACAACAACUAAUGAAUCUACAGCAACACCAAUUUCAACAUCAGUGUGAAGAUAUUUAUAACAAGAUUACAUAUCAUCAGCAACAGUGUGCUGUUUUUACUGCGCCCCAUUACCCGAAGUCGGGCCUGAAUUUUUAAUAUUUUAUAGUAGUGCAUAAUUAAAAUUUAAUUAAUAAAAAAUUGUAAAAAAUUAAAUAUUAGAACAUUUAGUCUAUAAGUCAUUUAAAAUAUCAUAAUUUUAUUUUUGAAUAUUUCUAAAAAUAAAUAAAUUAGUUUUAGUAAA